AUGGCCGACGGCGCCCACAACGACGACUGCGCCGACGGGCAAGGGAUCUACGACUCGUUCCUUGUGCCGGACGGCUUCGAUGACGACGUCCUCUACUUACUGGACAUGAACGGCGGCAUGGACCCGCCGCCGCCGCCACUGCAGGCAGCACCGGCGGAGCAAAGCGCCAUCGCAGCAGGUCCUUCCGGCGACAAUAAUCUCCUAGAGUGGCCGCCACCGACGCUGGACUACAUCAACGACUCCGUCGACAACAACGCUCCUACACACAGUGCCCUGCUAGCCGACGAUCCUACAAGCGGUGCGCAAGACGUCGGCAAUGCAGCAGGUACGUCGGCGACCGCACCAAGGUCGUCGUCGCGCUCUGCCGUGCACCAGAACGCGUCGCUAGACUGCACCGGCUGCCAGGUUCUUCGAGAAGUUGUGCACUGCAACGGGCUUGAAGCCACAAAGUUUAGUAUCCAUGGGAUCGCCGCCGGCGUGUUCCACCAUGCAACCCUAGAGGUGUAUCGCAUAGACUCCAACGGCCUGGCAGCGACAAUGACAACACAAAUGACGCAUCAGUCCUACGUCGAUUUCAGGGGCCGGGACUACGUGUGGGUAAAGCACUACCUGACGGACUACGCGCAGCAGCGUGCUGGCGGCGGCUACGUCGUCCUGCAGGACUCGAUCUCGGCGUUCCAGGAUGCCCUGUGCACCAGGAUGAUCGUCUGCGGUGGCCAUACCGACGACGACCAUCGUGAAGCAGUAGCACCAGAGAUUAAUGGUGGCCACACCGGUGACCACCGUGAAGCAGUGGCACUAGAGACUAAUGGCGGCCACCAACGAGUAUUCGCCUGUCCUGCUGAUGACGGCGCUGUGCAGCGUGCUAUGGUCGAGCAGGGCAACGACGUGCCAGCAGAAGCGCCUGCUGCAGGGCCAUCUAAACCAGUUGCUAAGGAGCAAGGACGACGAUCAUCAGAGACUCGCCCGGCUGCCAAGACUGCAGUCGCGAUCCAGAGGGAGAGAGCGAGCAAUCUGCAGCUGGACGACAUUGCGCGCUACUUCCACCUCCCGAUGGUGGAGGCUGCCAAGGAACUCCGCAUCUGUGCCACUGUCCUCAAGGGCACCAGCCGUAAGUUCCACAUACGACGCUGGCCUUACCGGAAGGUUAGGAGCAUUGACAGCCAGAUCGCCAAGCUGAGAAGGGGCAAUGGCGACCCAGCGGCCCAGAGAGAGAUAGAGAGGCUCACCGAUUACAGGAGAAGGAUUUACGCCGGUCUGGAAUGA